AUGUCGACUGCCAAGACCUACAUCGUCGAGCACCUCGACCCGGAGCUGGGCCCGUGGUCCGAGCUCGAGUACAUUGCCAUCGCCAACGAGUCUCACCAGGCCGGCGCCAAGUUCUGCCUGUCUUCUCUGCCGGCCGGCUUCAAAGUGCCCGAGACUUUGCAGAGCGUCCCUGCCUUCGUGGCCGAGAACCGGGGUGUGGAAGAGAUCUAUGCGCAAGACAAGUCGAGAGUCUGCCUGCUGGACCCUUCGGCGGCCAAGGAUCUCUCGCCCGAAGACGGCGAGACCUUUGAUGCUUUUCUGUUUGGUGGCAUUCUCGGCGAUGAUCCUCCCAGAGACCGCACUUCCGAACUGCGGAAGAAGGGCUUCGAGGGAAGGAGGCUAGGUCCCGUGCAGAUGACGACAGACACUGCCGUCCGUGUCACGAGGAUAGUAGUCGAGGGCAAGAUUCCUGUCGACAAGAUACAAUAUCUCGACCAUCCUGACCUCAAGUUCAACGAGCACGAGAGCACGCAGAUGCCCUUCCGUUACGUGAAGGGCGACGACGGAAAGCCAAUCAUGCCUGAGGGCAUGGUCGAGCUGAUCAAGAAGGAUGCCGAUAAGGCUAUUGAUGACUUGUUUUGA